UCAUUACCUUAUCAUCGAUUUCAAAAGACUGGUCUUACCUUGAUAAUUUUUGGUCUUUAAAGUUUUUGAAAGAAGCGGAGAAUCUUGAAUCGAAUAAAAUUAAUUUUGAUGAUUUAAAAGAAAAGAAGGAUGCGUUCUGCCUCAGGGGAGAAUUAUUGGGUUUGUACGCUUGGUAUCCAUUCCAAUCUUUCAAUUCAGAUGCUCUAACUUUGUUGUUGGUAAAUACAGAACGUUCACAACAUAAGAAAUUUUUGCAAACGUUCUGGACGGGAGUAAUUAAAGAAUGUGAAAAAGAAAAUCAACCUGCAACCGAACCUAAGAAUAAAGGGAAGAAACAAAGACUUACCGAGCUGGAGUUUUUAUCAGCAAUACCUCCAUCAAUAUAUUAUCCUGACUUAGAUAAAAGAACUACAACUAUUAAGUCACUGCUCAAAUUCUAG